GUGCGUUUACAUUUUAUUUCGAAGGGUGACCGGAUACACGAUAGUCUUUUCCGGUUUUGAAAACGGAAGUAAUAUGUUUGAUUUAGAUGAAUGAAUUGUUGUCGUGCAAAUUGUGUACUUGCUAAAUUAAACAUGAACUUUAAAAUACGUGCUGCAACCACAGUCGACUGUAAAGACAUAUCGAGAAUGAUAAUGGAGUUGGCGGUUUAUGAAAAGAUGCCUGAUGAAGUCAAAAUAUCUCGUGAAGAACUGGAGCGUGAUGGCUUCUGCCAGAAUCCCUUCUUCCAAUGUUUUGUUGCUGAAGUACCUGACGAGAAUAAACCCAAAGAAGGGUUCGCGAUAGUUGGAUAUGCCCUGUACUUUUCCAUCUACAGUACAUGGACGGGACGGUCCAUGCAUCUAGAGGAUUUAUAUGUGAUGCCACAAUUUAGAGGAUUUGGCAUUGGGAAAGGUUUACUGACCGCAGUCGCUAAGGUGGCCAAAGAGAAGCAGUGUGCACGCUUGCAGUUGAACGUGCUGGACUGGAACACUCCAUCACGAGACUUCUAUGCUGCUAAAGGAGCUGAGGAUCUCACUGCUAAUGAAGGCUGGCACUUGAUACGUUUUCAAGGGCAAAACUUAGACGCUCUGGCGAUUGAAACCCCAAAGAAUUAAAAGGGAUUCUUUUUUUGUUGUUGUUUUCAAUGUAGCAUGUCAGCUCUUUUAUUUUUGCUUUAUGUGCCAUGAUUCCUGUAGUGUAAUGUGAUACUGGAGGAAAAAAAAUCCUUGUUUUUCUCAUCUUUUUAAUAACAUGUCAAACAAUAACUAUAGCAGAAUACAAUUGGUCUAUUCAGGAACAGAUCAUCCCUCUAACAAAUGUUAUUAUAUCUGUCCAGCAGAGGGUACACGCACCAAAAUAAACUUUCUGGAAUGAUCUGCACACGUUCA